UGCAAUUCUUUUUUGAAAACAACUAUCCAUUUUCCACCUCUUUAAACUAUUCAAUUCUCAUCACCUAAUCAGCCAAACACGCCCUAUAUAACGGCACUACUGUCUGUGUUCUCAAAGUACCACCACAGAAGAAAGAAGAGGCGCUGAUCCUCUGAAAACCUUGCAAUAUUUCACAAUAUUCAGACCAUCACUCAAACAUGGCGGGUUUAUUCACUCACCAGUUACUAUUUUCUGUAGGAAUAUUAAUGUGUGUGGCAUUGUGCCUUCUUCCUCACCAUGCAGAAGCAGCCACCAGACAUUAUGAGUUCAACAUCAAGAUGCAAAACGUUACACGAUUAUGCCACACGAAAAGUAUCGUCACUGUAAACGGAAAAUUUCCUGGACCUCGAGUUAUAGCAAGGGAGGGCGAUCGUCUGCUUGUUAGAGUUACAAACCAUGUUCCCAAUAAUAUCACAAUCCAUUGGCAUGGCAUUAGACAACUUCGCAGUGGAUGGGCGGACGGACCUGCAUACAUUACCCAAUGCCCCAUUCAAACUGGGCAGAGCUAUGUGUACAAUUUUACUGUAGUCGGCCAACGGGGAACUUUCUUCUGGCAUGCACAUAUUUCGUGGCUUAGGUCCACUCUUUACGGCCCUCUGAUCAUCCUUCCUAAGAAAAAUGUGCCUUAUCCUUUCCAGAAACCCUAUGAGGAAAUCCCCAUAGUAUUUGGAGAAUGGUUCAAUGCUGAUACUGAAGCCAUAAUCAGCCAAGCUUUACAAACAGGUGGAGGCCCAAAUGUCUCUGAUGCCUAUACCAUCAAUGGACUUCCAGGGCCCUUGUAUAAUUGCUCUGCAAAAGAUACAUUCAAGCUCAGGGUUAAGCCUGGAAAGACAUAUCUCCUCCGUAUGGUCAAUGCUGCACUCAAUGACGAGCUUUUCUUCAGUAUCGCAAACCACAGCCUUACCAUCGUGGAUGCUGAUGCAAUUUACGUCAAGCCCUUUGAAACUAACACAAUUCUGAUCACCCCUGGACAGACCACAAAUGUUCUUCUCAAGACAAAACCUAACUUCCCAGGUGCCACUUUCCUCAUGACUGCUAGACCAUAUGUUACAGGCCAAGGCACUUUCGACAACUCCACUGUUGCUGGAAUUUUAGAAUACGAAUCCCCAUUUCUUCAUUCUGUCACCCCGCUGAAAAAGCUCCCACUCUACAAACCAAUUCUCCCACCUCUAAACGACACUUCUUUCGCCACAAAUUUCGCGAAAAAGCUACGGAGCUUAGCCACUCCUCAGUUCCCUGCUAACGUCCCACAAGAAGUAGACAAACAUUUCUUCUUCACCGUAGGAUUGGGGACAAGCCCCUGUGAUCAAAACAAGACCUGUCAGGGGCCCAACGGCACCAAAUUUGCAGCAUCUGUUAGUAAUAUAUCGUUCGUGCAGCCUACGACAGCUCUUCUCCAGGCCCAUUUUACGGGCCAAUCAAGCGGCGUUUACAGCCCGGAUUUCCCUAUCAACCCGCUCCACUGGUUUAACUACACUGGAAAUCCUCCAAACAACACAAUGGUGGGUAAUGGGACAAAACUCAUGGUUUUGCCUUUUAACACUAGUGUGGAGUUGGUCAUGCAGGAUACAAGCAUUCUUGGGGCUGAAAGCCAUCCUCUCCAUCUCCACGGAUUUAAUUUCUUCGUCGUGGGACAAGGGUUUGGCAACUAUGACCCAAAUGAAGACCCGAAAAACUUCAACCUUGUCGACCCGAUUGAGAGGAACACUGUCGGCGUACCUGCUGGUGGAUGGGUUGCCAUCCGUUUCUUGGCUGAUAAUCCAGGUGUAUGGUUCAUGCAUUGUCACCUGGAAGUUCACACGAGCUGGGGUUUGAAGAUGGCGUGGCUUGUCUUGGAUGGAAAGCUUCCUAAUCAAAAGCUACUUCCUCCACCAGCUGAUCUCCCCAAAUGCUGAUCACAUUCAUCGUCAAUUUUUCUUGUUGAAAAUGAUCCGGAUUUGUUUUCUUUUUCUUUUUUUUCCUUUUCCUUCCUGUUUUGACUGGUCUCCCCAGUUUUGCAGUGUUAAUGUUCAUUGUUUCUUCUGUUACGGUAGCUUUUGUCCAAACACGUUAAUCUAAUCGUUACUGGCCAACCUCUGUUGUAAUGUCGAAUGAGUUUCUAUAAAUAAUCUUACUAUAUUUUUUAAAAAUAA